CGGACGCCAUCUUGAGGAGACCCCGAUCUCAGCGCUGGGCUGGUGACAACACGCUCAUCAUGACGGGAUUACUCACUUCCAAGUAAAACGGCAUCAGUGUUGGGUUGCAGGCGUUGAGCGGAGAGAAGAGGAUCUGCCUCGGCGACGGUUCUCCGCUGCAGGCUGUUUUUAGAGCGAGGCCGCGCUGUAACCCGAUGGCCGGCUAGCUGCUGUGUGGAUACGCCGCGGCCUGCUCGGGAGGAGGAAGGGUGGUGACGGCGCAAAAUGCUUCACCGCUGACUCCCAAACAGACAGUCAUCCUGCCCAGAGACUCGCUGCGAGUUGGUCAACGAGCACGAUGCACCUAUAGAUUUCUUCGAAAAGGAAAAACGCUCUGUACUUUCAGAUUUAGCUUUUAUUUAUCGCUGUGUGAACGACCCGGACCGCCGUCUUGCGUACCCUGAAUCCCCAGCCGGAGACAUGUCAUCCAACUGCACCAGCGCAGCGCCUAUCAGCGCCAGCAAAACCAAGACGAAAAAGAAGCAUUUUAUAGGACAGAAAGUGAAAUUAUUCCGCGCCAGUGAGCCCAUACUCAGCGUUUUAAUGUGGGGUGUCAACCAUACGAUUAACGAGUUAAGUAAUGUGCCUGUACCAGUGAUGCUGAUGCCAGACGACUUUAAAGCCUACAGCAAGAUCAAAGUGGACAACCACCUAUUUAACAAAGAAAACCUGCCUAGUCGCUUUAAGUUUAAAGAGUAUUGCCCCAUGGUGUUCAGAAACCUGAGGGAGAGGUUCUGCAUCGAUGACCAGGACUACCAGAACUCUCUGACCAGGAGCGCCCCGCUCAACAGCGACACCCAGGGCCGCUUCGGCAACCGCAUCCUGUCCAGCUACGACCACCGCUUCGUCAUCAAAACCGUGUCCAGCGAGGACAUCGCUGAGAUGCACAACAUCCUAAAGAAAUAUCACCAGUUUAUAGUGGAGUGUCAUGGCAACACGCUGCUCCCUCAGUUCCUGGGCAUGUACAGGCUAACGGUGGACGGGGUGGAGACGUACAUGGUGGUGACCCGGAAUGUAUUCAGCCAUCGGCUCACCGUACACCGCAAAUACGACCUGAAGGGUUCGACAGUCUCAAGGGAAGCCAGCGACAAGGAGAAGGCGAAAGAGCUCCCCACUUUCAAAGACAACGACUUCUUGAAUGAAGGCCACAAGCUGCAGAUAGGAGACGACAACAAAAAGUACUUUUUGGAAAAGCUAAAACGGGAUGUGGAGUUCCUGGCCACUCUGAAGAUCAUGGACUACAGUCUCCUGGUGGGCAUCCACGACGUGGAGCGGGCGGAGCAGGAGGAGAUGGACGUGGAGGGCACGGGGGAGGACGAGGAGUACGAGAACGACGGGAUGGGAGGAGGCGUGUUAACGGGCUCUUUCGGCACGCCUCCCGACAGUCCCGGCAACCCUCUGAACUGCGGCGGGUUUUUCGGCCCCGGGGAGUUCGACCCCUCUGUGGAUGUUUACGCGAUCAAGAGCCAUGACAGUGCUGUGAAGAAGGAGGUAUACUUCAUGGCGAUCAUCGACAUUCUCACACACUAUGACGCUAAGAAAAAAGCUGCACAUGCUGCCAAAACUGUGAAACAUGGGGCGGGGGCCGAGAUCUCGACAGUGAACCCGGAGCAGUACUCCAAACGAUUCUACGAGUUCAUGUCCAACAUCUUAUCGUAAACAUCAUCUUCCAGUCCAGCCAGCUGGUCUCUCCCCGUCACAGAUCUGUCAGAUGCCACGCCCACGCGCGCACACACACGCACGCACAGACACACACACGUUUCUCUCCUCCCUCACCUCAGUGUAGGUCAGUCUCCCAUCGUUAAAACGAAACCACCUCUCCUCAGCAUCAAGCCUGUUACCCGACUCCACCUGUGAACCCCUCUCACCGAAUUUGGUUCCUGGUAUUCUCCCUGUGGUGUUUUUCUUAAAAAAAAAACAAACAAAUAAAUAAACAAACAACAAAAAAAAA